AUGGAGGUGUGCGUGGACUCUGUGGAGUCUGCAGUGAACGCAGUCAACGGAGGAGCGUCUCGACUGGAGCUGUGCUGCGCUCUCAGCGAAGGAGGCCUGACUCCCAGCGUCGGUCUCCUCCGCGUGGUCAAGCAAGAAGUAAACGUACCGGUCUUCGUCAUGAUCCGGCCGCGCGGUGGCGACUUCGCCUACAGCGAGCAGGAGUUUGAAGUCAUGAAAGAAGACCUGAUAGCCCUCAAGGAUAUCGGGGACGCGGACGGGUUCGUGCUCGGGAUCCUAACUCGAGACGGGGAGGUAGACACGAGGAGGUGCUCGCAGCUGAUCGAGCUUGCGCGACCACAGCCCGUAACUUUCCACCGAGCUUUUGACAUGACCAGAGACCCGUUCAGAGCCCUGGAGGCUAUCGUGGGUUUGCGUGUGGAGCGGGUGCUGACGAGCGGGCAAGAGACCACGGCGCUGGAGGGCCUUCCGUUGCUUCAGGAGCUCGUGGGGAGGGCAUGCGGUCGCACGACGGUUAUUGCCGGCGGCGGCAUCACGGAGCGAAACCUGGAGCGGAUACUGCGUGGGUCCGGGUGCAGGGAGUUUCACUGCUCGGCAAGGACGAACGUGGAUUCCGUCAUGCAGUACCGCAACCCCCGCGUGCGGAUGGGAGCGCAGUGCGGGGUCCCCGAGUAUUCCCUGAGAGUGGCAGACACCGACAGAAUACAGACCAUGAUUUCCAUCGCGCAGUCCAUUCCCCAGGACACCACUCAUAUCAACUGA